GGGGAGAAGAAAAACACAGGCAGCGCUCAUGAGUGGAGUAGACCAACGUUUGAUUUUCUAACGCAUGUCAACCAACUUUGAAACCUGAAAUAUAAAACAGUAAUUCAAUUUGAAGAGCCGUCCGAUUACUGCACAGUCAAGUAAUGAAGUCUGUGACCACAUACUUCCUCUGGUUGGUGGUCAUGUUGGUGGAAUUCAAACACAGCACCUCCAGAAACACAGAUUCAAACAUAGACCUGUCUUCCAAAAACCUCACCUCUGUCCCAAGUGAUCUACCUUCAACUGUUGAGUUUUUAGACCUAUCGUGUAAUCUCAUAAGUCAACUGGGCAGAAAUGACUUUAAAAACACAUCAAACCUAAAGUUUCUCAACUUGUCAUGGAAUGUUUUAGAGGAGGUUGACUCGGAGACCUUCAGCGGAACGCCGCUCCUACAGGAUCUGGACCUGUCACACAACAAGCUGCAGAACCUGUCAGGACAGCAGUACCUGCUCCACACCAGGAACCUUCGAGUGCUAAACUUGGCUUUCAACAUGUUCCUCACUAUGACCCUGGGCAAUGAGUUCAGUUCUCUAGAAAAGCUUGAAGCACUGGUGCUUGGAGCAAAUAACGUCAGUGUGGGAGAUUUCAAGAAUAUUGCUGAGGUGAAACUAAUGACACUGACCCUCUGCCUGGAGGAUGAAAUAAUCUAUGAGGAGGGCAGCCUGAAAGAUGUCCAGGCUAAAAGGCUUCAGUUGGACUUGACCAAAAAAAAAACAAUGGACUGUGGCCUGAUUGGUGAUUCUCUGCUUCUCUUCAAUGAGGUUGAGCUAAUGAGGUUGACAGGUGGCUACGAUCAGCUAGCAAGGCAGUUGAGCAAGGACACCAAAAUCCACACUUCCCACCUCUAUCUGACAAACAUAUCAGUCAAAUGGAAAGAACUCACCCAGUUUGUGAAUGUAGCUCUCCGCUCCUUCAUUAGCCACCUGACCAUCGCCGAUGUGGCCAUCUUUGAGCCACCUUUUCGGGACACAGUAGUGAGCACGACUUCCAAUUUGACAUCUUUCAAAGCAAGAAGGGCCGUGGUGAUGUCUUUCUUUUUUUCACAGGAGGCUGUAUACAACUACUUCAUCAACAUGCCAGUAGAAAGCAUGUCGAUCUUAGAGACGUCUAUUAUACACAUGACCUGCCCAAAGUCCCAGAGUCCCAUCCAUCAGUUGGACUUUUCCAAUUGUGCCCUAUCUGAUACCAUCUUCUCUAGAAUAGAGAGUCAAGAGCCUCUGGAAUGUGAGAAUCUGGGAAAUUUGAAAAACUUGAUUCUGCAUGGAAAUAACCUCAAGAACCUUCAAGUCCUGAGCAAGCGAGUACAAUACAUGAGCUCCCUGCAAUAUCUGGACCUCAGCCUCAACUCCUUGACUUAUGACAUGCUAGUGGGAUGUGUCUGGCCCCCCAAAAUUACUAAUAUGAAUCUGUCUUCUAAUGGGCUGACAGAUUCUGUUUUUAAAUGUCUGCCAAACAGAACUAAAAUACUCGACCUCCAGAAUAACCAAGUUUCUGCAGUGCCAGCAUCCCUCUUGAAAAUGGACUACCUUUUGUCUCUGGAUCUGAGUGCAAACCGUCUACGGGACCUGCCAGUGUGUGAUGGGUUCCCUUCUCUAACCAUGCUUCUACUGAGAGCAAACUCACUCCAUGCCCCAUCUGUACACAACCUGGAAAGCUGCCCCAACCUGAAACUCCUGGAUGCCAGUCAUAAUCCCUUCAUCUGCACCUGUGCUCUAAGACGUUUCAGAAGCUUUGGCAUCAAUUCUGAAGGGAAGAAUGGUCACACAAGAACACAGCUACUGAGCUGGCCAUCAGACUAUUACUGUAGCUACCCAGAGGCGUUUAGGAACUUCACCUUGAAAGUUUUCUGGAUCCCAGAAGUUUCCUGCAAUGCUGGUGUGCUAGCUGCCACUAUCUUAGGCCCUGCAUUUAUAGUGAUUAUCACAGUGGUGAGCCUGUGCCACCGUCUGGAUGUCCCAUGGUACAUGGGCAUGAUCUGGCAGUGGACCAGGGCCAAACACCGAGCCAGAACUCAACAGCUCCGGCCUGAAGACAUGGAGGGGGUUGAAUUCCAUGCUUUUGUGUCCUACAGCCAGCAUGAUGCCGAAUGGGUGCAAAACUCCCUCCUACCCAACCUCGAGGGCCCAGCAGGAGGGCUCAGCAUCUGCUACCAUGAGAAGAACUUUGUUCCAGGGAAGACAAUCGUUGAAAAUAUUAUGCGCUGCAUAGAGAAGAGCAGACGCUGUGUGUUUGUGCUCUCUACCCACUUUGUCAAGAGUGCGUGGUGCCACUAUGAGCUAUACUUUGCCAGCCACCAGCACCUUGCCCGUGGAUCUGACAGUGUGGUCCUGGUCUUGCUGGAGCCUCUGCCUCAAUACCUAAUCCCAUCCAAAUACUAUCAGCUGAAGACCAUGAUGGAAAGGCACACAUACUUGGAAUGGCCUCAGGACCGGGCCAAGCACAGGCUUUUCUGGGCUAACCUCAGAGCUGCCCUGCAGUCAAACCUGCCGAAUGCACUGGUGAGACAAAAUGAGGAGUGACUGAGGGUGGG